AUGGCGUUGAAGAACCCGUGGGGUGGCUUCCGAGACAUCGAGUGGCGCAAGCUGUGGGGCAGGCAAGACUAUGCGAACUUCCUGCUAACCGCCUGCAUCAUCGUGGCCGUCAUUGUGGUGACGCUGGUCGCCACGCCGCACACUGUGCCCUACUAUCUGUGGGAUGCGCGCAUCUCCUACCCGAUCGGCUCCGAGCUGGACACCAUCCCCUCCUGGGUGGCCCUGUUUGCGCCGCUCAUGAUGCUGCUGCUGACGGUGGGGGUGGGUGAGUUGGUGGCCUCCAAGCGCACCCACGCCUCCAUCACCGCCGCCGCCUCCUCCUUCGUCUACUUCUUCCUGGAUGGCUCCUUCAUCAUGGGCCUCCUGCUGUCCCAGGUGUUCAAGGUGAUGGUGGGCCGCCUGCGCCCCAACUUCCUGGCCCGCUGCCAGCCCGACGUGCCCGAAGGGCUUGUGUUCACCUUCUCCAACAUCACCUCCGCCAUCGGAAACCCCGAGAUCCAGUACCCCUGCACCAACCCCGACCACGACCAGGUGGACGAGGGGCGGCUGGCCUUCCCCUCAGGCCACACCUCCAUCUGCUUCAACCUCGCCGUCUACGCCUCGGGCUACCUCAUCUGGGUGGCGCACUGGCGCCAACCGGCGCUGCCGCACCGCCUCUCCUUCUGGCAGGAGUUCCGGUCGGAUCUGGUCAACGUGCUGGCCAAGGCGUGGAUGCUGGGCAUGCUGUGCUUCGCCUGGGGCGUGGGCAUCUCGCGCAUCAUCGACUACCAGCACGACCCCAGCGACGUGGUGGGCGGCGCGCUGGUGGGCACCAUGAUCGCGCUCGUCUACCUGCUGCGUGCCAUACCGCGCUGGAAGCGCGUGCUGGAGGCGGAGAGCGGGAGCGCCAGGGCAAUGGCCAGCUCUGGGGAUGUGGAGGCGCCUCUGGGAGGCUCGGCCAAGCAGCAUGGAAUGCCUGGAUCGAGCGAGGUGGUGUGA